AUGCAGCUCCAUCACCAGAAACACCACUGGACUUACAUAACCAACUACAAUAAAGCUAUCGAGCAGCUCGAUGAUGCUAUCACCAAGGGAGAUGCUUCAACUGUUGUCAAAUUUCAGAGCACUAUUAAGUUCAAUGGCGAAGGUAUUCUAAUGGCUUCCUCUAGUGGUACGACAACAUCAUCAGGUGGUUCAUACCCAAUUCAGAACUCGGGGUCUGAUGAAGAUCUUCAGCAAUUGAUGGAUCAGAGGAGGAAGAAGAGAAUGAUUUCGAAUCGUGAAUCUGCAAGGAGAUCUAGAAAGAGGAAGCAAAAGCAUCUGGAUGAUCUCAGGAGUCAGCUGAAUCAACUCAGGAAAGAGAACAACCAGAUCAUAUCAAGCGUCAGUAUCACCACCCAGCAUUACAUAAGCGUGGAGGCGGAGAACUCUGUUCUGAGAGCUCAGGUGGCGGAGCUCAGCCACCGGCUACAGUCUCUGAACGAGAUGAUCGCUUUUAUGUACCAACCUGUCGACACCGGUUGUGGGUUUGCGGACGAGCAAUACGGCGGUGGAGGUGGCACUGAGUUUGUCGACGAGUUCAUGAAUAACUCACUGAGUUACCUUUAUGCAAACCAGCCUAUUAUGGCUUCAGCAGACAUGAUUCAGUACUGA